AUGUCUGCCGAAGAUGCGGGUAGCAGUGUAACCGUUGAUUGCGACACGGGCAACGAGUACGAUGGCCGCCUGGGCCUUCGCAUCAGCUCCAUCUUUGUCAUCCUGGUCGGCAGUCUCCUGGGCGCAGUCGUUCCCAUCGUGCUUGCUAGGUCCAAACGCAUGCAGGUGCCCAAGACGGCCUUCUUCAUCGCAAAGUACUUUGGCUCUGGCGUUAUCAUAGCCACGGCCUUCAUUCACCUCCUCGCCCCCGCAAACGAGGCCCUUGGCUCAGAAUGCUUCCCCGAGGACUCUGCCAUCAAGUCUUAUUCUUGGGCUGAAGGCAUCGCUCUCAUGACUGUCUUUUCCAUGUUCUUCAUUGAGUUGCUUGCGAGCAGGUUUGAGUGGAACAUCAAUCUCGCCCACACCCACGACCCAUCGAUGGAGUUCAUGUCGCCGUCCUUUAAGAAGGGAAGCGACGAGGAAAACGGGAGCGGCCGGGUCCCCAGCACUUCGGCUGCGGUCUCAGCCGGCAACCAGCACUCCGGCUUCACGAGCGAGGUCACCUACCCGCCCGGAGGCGAGGAUCACCUCGGGCACAAGCGCGAACACAUCGAUCCCGAGUCCUUUGCCGCGCAGAUGACCGCCUUGUUCAUCCUCGAGUUCGGCGUCAUCUUCCAUAGCAUCUUCAUCGGCCUCACCCUCGCCGUGUCCGGCGAAGAGUUCACCGUCCUGUACAUCGUGCUCGUCUUCCAUCAGUCCUUCGAGGGCCUCGGUCUCGGCUCGCGUCUGGCUGUUGCCCAGUGGCCCCAGGGCAAGGAGUGGCUGCCCUACGUCCUCGGUACCGCGUAUGCCCUCUCGACCCCGAUCGCUAUCGCUGCUGGCCUCGGUGUGAGGUCGAGUCUUCAGCCGGGCAGCCUGAUGACUCUGACCGUCAACGGUGUCUUCGACUCGAUCUCCGCCGGCAUCCUGAUUUACACCGGACUCGUCGAGCUCAUGGCCCACGAGUUCAUGUUCAACACCGAGAUGCGUAAGAGCAGCAUCGGCAUGACCCUCGCGGCCUUUGGAUGCAUGUGUCUUGGCGCCGGAUUGAUGGCCCUGCUCGGCAAGUGGGCGUGA